UUGUUGUUGUUGCUGCUGCUGCGGUGGCAUCAAGCUUAUCUGCAGGGUCAGCAGCUGCUGAGUCUGCUCAAGCUCCAAAGCUCUUUCUCUCUCUCGUUCUCUCUCUCUGGCUCUCCACCUGCUUUUCGUGCGCUUCUGAUUGCAGAAAUUCCAGAUCGAGCUCGGUAUCCGUUGUGUGUGUCGGCUGAGAUUGCAGCUUGUGAACAGUGGUUUGGUGUGGAGGCUGUUUAGAGUUUGCUGUCCUGUGCCCUGAUCGCGGCAUACUGAAUCGGGUUGGAGGAGUUGCUGGAUUAGGGAGGUGGAGAGGAGAGUCUUUAGGGAGUACAAGAAGCACUGGGUUGGUCCACACUGGGUUGUAGAAGUUCCGUUUGUCUGUGUUUCGUGAAUUGCCGCCAUGGCUGCUCUGCCUACAAUUUGUUUGUCAGCUCUGAGGGCGCUGAUCAGUGGGGUUUCGUUGGAUUCGCCUGACGCGCCCUCAAGCGUCUCGACAAGUGCAGAACCGUCGUUGGGAGUUUCACCGCCGUGCACAACAUCUUUAGCCUCCUCCUCUUCCUCCUCGAGAAUCGAUAACGAGCAUUUGUAUAACAAGGAUGCCGAUGAAAAAUCAAGAGAGGAUGAGUACAUCGAACGAGACUAUGAAUUUGCAGGGUUGCAAAGAUUCGGACGGGCCAGUCUCGUCGCCCUUGCGGCAGCCUCAUUGUGCUACUCAGCUUCAGAUCCUGCACUUGCCCUUCAGGGCGGUGAUCGAUACAGACAAGAGGUGACAUUCGGCCAGGACUUGACGGGAAGAAAUUUAUGUGGAUCGACACGGACGUCCACAUUUCGGCAGGAAAACUCUCAAGGGGUGAAGCUGUUAAGCACUAGCUUCUUCGAAUCGGACUUGACUGGAACCGAUCUUGUUGAUGCGAACUUUCGAGUAGCUGACUUCUCGUUAGCCGGUGUUGCAAAGUCGAACCUUACCAACUCCAAUCUCGAGGGAAGCUUGAUGACGGAAAAUACUUGGUUUAAAAGUACCGCGAUUACUGGUGCUGAGUUCACUGAAGCAGACUAGAGAAAUGAUCAGUAGAAAGAACUAUUCGAGAUUGCUGACGGAACAAGCCCUGUGACUAGCGAUUCUACUCACGAAACUUUUUCAUGUGAUUGGAGCGCGAGCAAACAGCUUGACUUUAUAUCAAUGUACCUGCAAACCCUUCAGCUGCUCAUUGAAUGCGAGAAGCGUUAGAUUUCUAUGCAGGUGACCAAGACUGGAAGUUUUGUAGGACGAAGUACAUAGCUCAAACGGAGUGAAGAACUGGUUCACGAUUGUGUUGUACAUUUCGUAUGUAGAAGAUAUAUUUGGUAAGGAUUGCAACUAAAUCUGUACUUCAAUGUGUUAGAAGAAGUCCUAGCCUUGCAGAAAAAACCCGCCCACAAGUUGGAGUCGAUGUAGAAAAAGACUACUCUGCAUUGCUUUUCUUGGACUGUAUAUCGACUAUCACUAGAAAGAGGAUGAGUGAUGGUUUGAAUGAUCAGGAAGGUAGUAGACCCUUCUUCACUCAGUCGUCGCUCUCUUUGGGUGUCACCACGUCGUUAUGCUAAAGGACUGGGUGCUAGGAUGCCACAAGACCAAUGAGUGAUGUUACUAUUACUAACAUUUUUGUGUGAGGAUCAAAGAUGGGCAGAGUGAGGCUGUUGGGCUUCCCAACAAAAACUUGUAUAUAUAGUCUCCCACAUCCGAGUCGGCUGCUUGUUAUCAUAAACAUCAAUGUUUGGUGAAUUGCAAUUUGAAGUAGAUCUGAGGAGAGUGUUGCAAUGUGAAA